CGGCUGUGCCCGGAGGCGCUGGGCGGGCGCGGGCCGAGCGGGGCGGGGGCGGCGGGCCGCGCUCCGGCCGGUCUGCGGCGUUGGCCUUGGCUUUGGCGGCGGCGGCGGCGAAGAUGCUGCAGUCCCUGGCCGGCAGCUCGUGCGUGCGCCUGGUGGAGCGGCACCGCUCGGCCUGGUGCUUCGGCUUCCUGGUGCUCGGCUACCUGCUCUACCUGGUCUUCGGCGCCGUGGUCUUCUCCUCGGUCGAGCUGCCCUACGAGGACCUGCUGCGCCAGGAGCUGCGCAAGCUGAAGCGGCGCUUCCUGGAGGAGCACGAGUGCCUGUCGGAGCAGCAGCUCGAGCAGUUCCUGGGCCGGGUGCUGGAGGCCAGCAACUACGGCGUGUCGGUGCUCAGCAACGCCUCGGGCAACUGGAACUGGGACUUCACCUCCGCGCUCUUCUUCGCCAGCACCGUGCUCUCCACCACAGGUUAUGGCCACACCGUGCCCUUGUCGGAUGGGGGCAAGGCCUUCUGCAUCAUCUACUCGGUCAUCGGCAUUCCCUUCACCCUCCUGUUCCUGACGGCCGUGGUACAGCGUGUCACCGUGCACGUCACCCGCAGGCCUGUCCUCUACUUCCACGUCCGCUGGGGCUUCUCCAAGCAGGUGGUGGCCAUUGUCCACGCCGUGGUCCUCGGCUUUGUCACCGUGUCCUGUUUCUUCUUCAUCCCGGCCGCUGUCUUCUCUGUCCUGGAGGAUGACUGGAACUUCCUCGAAUCCUUUUAUUUUUGUUUUAUUUCCCUGAGCACCAUUGGCCUAGGAGAUUAUGUUCCUGGAGAAGGCUACAAUCAAAAAUUCAGAGAGCUCUAUAAGAUUGGGAUCACGUGUUACCUGCUACUUGGCCUGAUUGCCAUGUUGGUAGUUCUGGAAACCUUCUGUGAACUCCAUGAGCUGAAAAAAUUCCGAAAGAUGUUCUACGUGAAGAAGGACAAGGAUGAAGAUCAAGUGCACAUCAUCGAGCAUGACCAGCUGUCCUUCUCCUCCAUCACAGACCAGGCAGCUGGCAUGAAAGACGAUCAGAAGCAAAACGAGCCUUUUGUGGCCACUCAGUUGUCUACCAGCUCCGAUGGCUCCACCAACCAUUAAGUGCAGGCUUUGCCGCACUGGGGUCAGGGCAUGAGGAAAAGAGGCUUAGUUAUGUUCAUUUUUAUCAGAAUGUAAAAGCUAAGGUGAUGCCAUUUUAAGAAAUAUCUACUGUUUUGCAAUAUUUUAAUAAACAACAACAACAACAAAAAAGCAAAAAACGAAACAAAGAAAGCUUUGACCUUGCAGGGAUGUCUAAUAAGUAAAGAAAUAGGAUGUGUACCUAUAACCCAUAUGUGACAAAAUUAUUUAGACUUUGCAUAGGAGAAGAAUACUUGAAGUGGUAUGCCGCUGUGGAUAGAAGCAGAUUUUAUACUUUUAAUUGGGAACUUUGGGGUUUGCGUUUAAAUCAUUUAGCUGAGGGCCAAAUAGCAACAUUUAUAUUUAAAAGCAAAAAAAAAAAAAAAAGCAUAGAGAUGUGUUUUAUAAAUAGAUUUAUGUGUACCAGUUUGCAUGUGCCCAUCCAAAAUGAUUAUUUUUGUAGAAUCUAAGUUAAACCUACUAUUUAUAAUGCAUAGGUAACCAUUAACUAUGUACAUAUAAAGUAUAAAUAUGUUUAUGUCCUGUACAUAUGGUUUAGGUCACCAGGUCCUAGUGUACUUCUUAAAACAAGAUUAUAGAACUUUUCUUUUGAUUUCUCUUUAUACUACAGAAUCCAGAGUUGCUGCCACAAAAUAAGGGGAAUAAUAAACUUAAGAGUGAGUAACUAUAGCACUUGGCUACAAUAAAUGUUUCUACCCUCCUGC